AUGGCCUCCUUCAGCACCACGCCAGCUGCACUCUGGCCAGCUCCCAGCUGCCAUGGCUAUAAAUAUCCCCUUCCCACCCAUCUCCCGUCCAUCACUGUCCUCACUUCGACUCAAACACCACUCCAAAAAUCUCCCUCUGAUCUUCCCUCCGAGGUCGUUCCUUCGCACGGUCGGCGAAAUCUAAUAGCCAUGUAUCGUCGGAGGACGCCCAAUACCGGCAACCACGGGAUCACGAGCGAAUCCUCUUGUACCUCUCCCAUCGAUACCGACAAUGAUAGACCGUUCGAGCCCGAUUCCUCUGAGACCGAUCUCACCGAGCCGGAGCGCUCCCCUCCAGCGGGUCGAACGAUUGCUCGGAAGAAGCCAAGCCCAAAGACUGGAACAAAAUUGUUACCAACAGACCUGUCGAAUGUGAAACGUGUCCACCAGGCCCGAUACCAAGUCCCCGAUGAUGAUGAUGACACAGAUGAGGACCUGGCCCAAGGGGUUGCGGAGGAUGCACUGCGUGAGGCGUCACCAAAUGACAUGCAUCGAUUUCUUAAUUGGUGUCUGAAGCUGGAGUACAGUCCCGAUGGUCGCCGCCAGAAAGGCUAUACAAAGGCCAGCGCCCUAGAAGCGGAUUGGAAGUACUUCCGAAUUUACUACCAGCGAGUUACCAAAAUCGAGAUGAGUAAAGAGAUGGGCGAGGCCGUUCGCACGGGCAUGAGAUACUUGGUGGAUAAGCGCGGUCUGAACAAACAACCGCGCGCAAAUGUCCCAGUAUAUAUCGAAGAUAUGAUUCCAUUCAAUGAGACAAUUCUUCAAACACGGGAGAAGCUAUUCCACUUAGGGUUUCAGCGCAUUAUCCUAUGUCUAUACAACACUAUUAGGUUAUUUACCAUCAACCGAAAACAGGCAAUGCUUGACCUUCAGUUCAAGCAUCUACAAAUAUCGCUCCAGCAGGAUCCGCAUGGAGGACCUCCGAAGCCGAUGAUCGAACUCGAGCCCCAGUUUGUGAAAAGCGUCCUAGGCAUGUCGAAGCUCAACACGUUCGCGCUACCUGAAAUUGUCUACGGCGUGUCACUUGUCUUCAGCCCGCAUGUCAUACUCUUCAUCAUAUUAUUUUAUGUUCACGCCUUUGAAGCGCCUUAUUUAACAUCGAUGGAAGACCUUCGGAGACUGCUUGUCGAGGGUGGUCGACAGGAAAUGCUACUUCCCUUGAGUAAAGAGAUGGAUAAUUACUAUGUCUUCCCGAAGGUCGAGGUGAUCUGUGGCCAGCCCCGCAUUUUAUGGGAGACACCCAUGGAUGGAAGCACACUCGACGCACAGCUCAGGACAUCCAGAGGUGAUUUACUGGAUAAGAGUGGUUUCGUCAGUAAAGCACAGCGUAAUGUGAUCAUGGCCCACGCCACUAGCAGAACGUUUAUCAAACAUUAUCGUCCCCGUCGGCAUACUGGUUUACAAGAAAUCAUGUGCGGCCUCAAUCCAGACGAAGAAUUCUUAAAGGCUGUGACCCGGAUGAGCCGUUGGAUUGAUCGGCGGCGACCACGAUACCUGAGCGACGCUGAUCGAGAAUCAGUGGAAAAAGACCCAGAACUGCAAUCAGCCAUAUACUGGCAAGUCGAUUUAGAGACCCAGUGCGCUGAUCGCUCUCACAACCCAGCACUGCGGGCGAUGCUGGAGGACCAGAAGCGUCAAGUCCACAAUCUGCGCCGGCGUCUGCAAGACAAACGGCGGAAAGAAACACGCCGCGAGUUCGGUCGGAAAAAGGCGGUGAUUGACAUUGAAAGACAGUUGACUGGUGGGGCUGUCAGUGAUGAGCCUGCGCGCGAGGUAUUGCGGAAGAAGUUUGAAAUGCCAUCGGAGCAGAUUCUUCUCGUGGAGACGUUCUUUACUUGGCCCACCACCGAUUCAUUAGAAGACGAGUGGACGCGGCGCAACAAAGCUGUUGCUGCUGGAAUACAAUAUUGCGGUUUUCAGGAGGGUGGGCCCCUUAGGGGACGACGGAAGCGCUCUGCCCCGUCCGACAAUGAGGAUGUCGUUCCCUCACCGCCAGCUCGAAAGAAAAAGGCUGAUUCGCCGCCAACUACGUCGUGGGAGAAGGGACACACCGCUAGCGGGAAACUUAUCCCGAAUGCAGAGCAAACAUUCGCAUGCUUCCAAUGUCCCAAGGCAUACUCCGACUAUAAUGGAGUGAGGAGGCAUUUUAGGGGUUCACACUUGAUGGACCGAAGAUGUAAUGUUUGUGAUCUUUUCGUCCUGCACGAGAUGCACUUGCGGAGGCAUGCUUCUGAGGCCCAUGGUCUUCGAACAUGA